CGCAGUGUACUACCACCAGCCGUCCCCAUCUCUCCCUCGUCGCGUCAUACUGCACAAGGCACCGCGCGCGCGCCUGCUAUAUAGGCAGCACACUCUGAUCGAUGCACCGCCACACUCUCGUGACGACAGGAAGAACACACACGCAAGGAUCGAUCGAAGCGCGGCCAUGGAUAUGGGAGGGCACGACAUGGGCAGCAUGGCCCCGCCGACGGCCAAGCGUAUGGGGUACACGCACAUGACCUUCUUCUGGGGCAAGAACUCGGAGAUCCUCUUCACCGGCUGGCCCGGUACGCGUGGCGGCAUGUACGCGCUGGCCCUCGUCUUCGUUUUCGCCCUCGCGUUCCUCCUCGAGCUCCUCAGCUGCCGCAGGCUGGACUCCUUCCUCCCUAAGGGGCGGCGCGCGGCAGCCGGAGCGGCUCGCGCCGCGGUGCACGCUGUGUACGUGGGCGUGGCGUACCUGCUCAUGCUCGCGCUCAUGUCGUUCAACGGCGGCGUGCUCCUCGUGGCCGUGGCCGGGCAAUCGGCGGGGUUCCUGGUGUUCAAGGUCGGCCUGUGGGGCGACGGAACGGCGCAGAUGGAGGGCUGGUGCAAGGAACAGGUCGCGCCGGCGACGUGCUGCUAGGGGUGUCGCGUUGGCGUCCAGUGAUCCAUGGAUUUGUAAAGUUGUUGGCGCGUGUUCGUGUAUGCGGUGUGCGAAAUUUGUGGUGUUGUUUGGCUGAUUCAUGAGGGUGGUGUACUACUCAUCUUGGGUCAUCGGUGAUUGGGAAUUGUAAAAACGUGAGUCUGCAAUGUUAAAAUUUCUACGUUACCAGUUGCGA